ACCAGUUCCAUAGUACUAAUUUCUUUGGGAACACUGAACGAGAAAUUUUAUCCGAUCGAAAAUCUUCGCAGAGUUCGCGCCGCACAGUUACGUUUCUGAAAACUUUUAAUUUAAUUUCAGAGAAGCAAAGAUGGAGAUAGAUGGAGAGUGUUUUACAAAACUUAUCGGACAACACCCCAUCGCCAUUCUAUUUUCGUAUCCCUCCAAAUCCUCUACGCGUUGGCCUGCUUGCAAUCGCCACAAAAACGGAUUUCCGUUGCCCAUAUCAUCUCUAUAUCUCCAUUAUUCUGAGUUAGGCAUUUAAUAAUGGAUUCCCGCGACGAGGAGCAAUUGCUGCUUGAGGACGGUCUUGCUCAGAGUGAAGAUAAUGGACUUUACACUGGCGAUGGCUCUGUUGACAUUAAUGGAGACCGUGUUUUGAAGAACAACACUGGAAAUUGGCGAGCGUGUCCUUUCAUUCUUGGGACUGAAUGCUGCGAGCGCUUGGCUUAUUAUGGAAUUUCAACUAAUCUUGUUAGUUACCUUACCAAGAAGUUACAUGAAGGAAAUGCAUCGGCAGCUAGAAACGUGACUACCUGGCAAGGCACCUGUUAUCUAACUCCCCUUAUUGGAGCAGUCCUUGCAGAUGCCUACUGGGGAAGAUACUGGACGAUUGCUGCCUUUUCAAUGAUUUACUUCAUCGGAAUGUGCACUCUGACGAUGUCGGCUACCAUGCCUUAUCUUAAACCUCCUGAAUGCAUCUAUCCAGUAUGCCCUUCUGCCGCACCCAGUCAAUAUGCAGUGUUCUUCUUCGGGUUAUACCUUAUAGCCCUUGGAACAGGAGGGAUCAAGCCUUGCGUUUCUUCGUUUGGUGCUGAUCAGUUUGAUGAUACCGAUUCUGUGGAGAGAGUUAAAAAGGGUUCCUUCUUCAAUUGGUUUUAUUUCUCCAUCAACAUCGGUGCAUUCGUAUCAAGUAGCAUAAUUGUGUGGGUUCAAGACAAUGCAGGAUGGGGGCUCGGAUUCGGCAUCCCUGCUUUGUUUAUGGGAAUUUCCAUUGCAAGCUUCUUUGUAGGGACUCCUCUUUACAGGUUUCAAAAACCAGGAGGAAGCCCUGUUACCCGAAUUUGUCAGGUUGUCGUUGCAACAUGCCGCAAGUGGAGUUUGCCCGUCCCUGACGAUAGCAGCGUGCUGUAUGAAACAACCGACAAGAGCUCUGCUAUAGAAGGAAGUCGGAAAUUGCUGCAUACCGAUGAGUUACAGUUUCUCGACAAAGCUGCGAUAAUUGGCGAAGAAGAAACCAAAACUGGAGAUUACUCCGACUCCUGGAAACUCUGCACCGUGACACAAGUCGAGGAGCUGAAGAUCUUGAUUCGGAUGUUCCCGAUCUGGGCUACUGGAAUAGUUUUCUCUGCCGUAUACGCUCAGAUGUCGACGAUGUUUGUCGAGCAAGGCAUGGUGAUGGACACGAGCAUCGGCUCCUUCCAAAUCCCUGCAGCCUCCCUCUCGACAUUCGACGUCAUAAGCGUCAUCUUCUGGGUCCCCGUCUACGACAAAGUGCUAGUCCCAAUCGCCCGAAAGUUCACCGGCAAAGAACGGGGUUUCUCCGAGCUACAAAGAAUGGGCGUCGGCCUGUUCCUCUCUGUCCUGUGCAUGUCGGCGGCUGCAGUCGUGGAGAUUCAGCGAUUGGCGCUCGUGCGGGACCUGGGAAUGUCGAACAAACUCGUGGCAGCCCCGAUGAGCAUCUUCUGGCAAGCGCCGCAGUACUUCCUGCUCGGGGCGGCUGAGGUGUUCACGUUCAUCGGCCAGCUGGAGUUCUUCUACGACCAGUCGCCGGAUGCAAUGCGCAGCCUGUGCAGCGCGCUGGCGCUGCUGACGACAUCGUUGGGGAAUUACUUGAGCUCGUUCGUACUGACGGUGGUGAUGAGUAUAACGACGCGCGGAGGGCAGACCGGGUGGAUACCGGAUAACUUGAACGAGGGUCGGCUCGACUGCUUCUUCUGGCUGCUGGCGGCGCUGAGCCUCGGCAACAUGAUUAUUUACAUGUUCUGUGCCGAGGCGUAUAGGUCGAAAAAAUUCUCGUGAAAGGAAAAAGAAAUACGACGGGGAGAGGAGGUUAGUGGUUACAUAGUAAAUUUGUUAUUAUUAUUUUUUUUUUCCAAUUUUUAGAUUCAAUUUCAAAUUGAAUUGUUUGAAUAGUUGUUUUUAAUCUUUUGAUUUGGAUAUUGUGUUC